AUGGGGUGGUCUGGGUACGGGCGCGCCGGGCGAGCCAGCCGCAACGGCGGCAGCGACCGGCGGAAGCCGGGCCAAAACGAGAUUGACAAUGCCAAUGACGUGCUGGUACAGCCUGUCGAGGUCCCGGUGGUGGGCACGCUGGACGCGCGCUGGCAGGCCAAGAUGCUUGUCGCCGACGCCAUCUCGCGCGCGGUACCGGCGGGUGAGCGGUCGACGGUGGUGCUGCUGGCACUCGACGACCAGUCGCGCUACGUGAUGACCGAGUGCAUCAUCAAGCCGGCCGGCUCGGCCGUCAACGGUGACGACUCUCGGUUGGCGCCGGUCUCAUCCCGGCCGACGUGCAGGAGUGAGCUCAACGUGUCAGAGCUGGGUGCGGCGGCCGACGAACUGCGCGCCGAGGCGCGGUCGGCGAACGUCCCGCCGUCGGCAUCGGCGGCGUACAUGGCGUUCAUGGGCCGGGCACGUAUGGGGGUGGUUGCCCGGCUGCAGGACUCGGACCGGUCAUGGAUUCGGGCCGCGGCCCUUGAGGCGGACGCUAGGAUGUCGGCGCGGCAGGCGCGGGCGGCCCGCGACGUGGCGCGCGGCCUGGAGCGCGGCGACCAAGCUCGGGCGCGCAAGUGCGCGUCCCGGUGA